UUAAUAAAAACGGAAAGUUCGAGAGGCAAGUGAACAAGUCCCGCUGAUAUUCGCCAAAAAUCGUGCGUCUUUCGCUCUACACAGGCGAGUGACAGCGGGAGCGGCAGAUGCAGCAGCAACAGCAACAGCAACAGCAGCAGCAAUACCAGUACCAGAGACGGAGACGGAGCCAAGCAAACAGAAUCGGAAGCGAGUAAAAAAAGUAAGCGGCUCGAAUUUUGGCAUUGCUGUGAGAAGCAAAACGUAGCGGCCUGUGUGCCAGUAAUAUUACAGCGCUCAACAGUUUCGUUUGGAUGAAAUAAUAACAACAAAAAAAUAUACAAAAUUUUAUCAGCUAAAUUCAACCGAUCAAAUAUAUUCGCAAGUUUCGGCCAAAUUUUCCAUGUAUUUAUAGAACCAAAACAGCCAUUCCACCCAGAGGCAAGAGGGCGGCAAUACAAAAACAAAAAAAAACUAAAUUUAAAAAAAAAACGGCUAGCACAAUAAAGAAAACAAAAAACGAAUUAGAAAAAAAGUACCGUGCGUGAUUUGUAAAGUGUGGCCAAAUUACUCGAACUUCAUACUACUCUGCCCAUAAGCCAGCUCAGGCAGAUGCUGCUCCUGAUUAAACCAACGUCAACAACAACAACAACAACCACAACGCCUGAACAAUGGAAAAGCGCAUUAAAUCUGGCAACGGCCGCUGCGACAAUAACACGGUCGUGGCGGCUGCACCAGCUACCAAAAUCAAUGUGAACCACAACAAACCGCAGCAGCUGGCCACAAAUACAACAACAACAAGAACAAUAGCCGCCGAUGGCAACUCUAGUUCCAAGUUGGCAGCCGCGUUUCGGAAUAUCAGAGUCAAUGUGCAGCCCAGCAGAGGCAUGCACUCUUGGCCGCGUCAGGACGAGCAGACGGUUCAGGCAACAACUGCAGCGAUUUCAGCUGCACGCGCCCGCGUAGAGGCAGCAGCAGCAGCAGCAGCAAACGCAACAACAACAGCAGCAGCAGCAACAACAACAACGAUAAUAAUAAACAACAAACAGAGCAACAAUGUUGUGAAGCUGCAGAAGCAUCCAUCCUCAGUGUUGGCAAUCGCCGAACAAUAUGCAACGAUUGCGGCCAAUUACAGGACGAAGCCACGCAACAAAAGUGACGAGGCCAUCAACGAUCUGCUGCUGCGCAUACCGGACAUUGCACAAAUAUUCGAUGUACAGAGCCGCAUCGGUAACGGUACAUUCAGCACUGUGCUGCUGGCGACGCUCAAGCGGGAGGCACAGCUGCCGGACAGCAUGCGUCGCAAGUUUGCGAUCAAACAUCAUAUACCCACCAGCCAUCCCGAUCGCAUUAUGAAGGAGCUGCAGUGCAUGACAGAUAUGGGGGGCACCGACAACGUUGUGGGCAUCCACUGCUGUUUGCGCUGCGAGGCGUCGGCGGCAUUCGUGAUGCCCUAUAUGCCGCACGAUCGUUUCCAUGAUUUCUAUACCAAGAUGGAGGUGCCGGAGAUCCGUUUGUAUAUGCGUAACCUGCUGUUGGCGCUGCGGCAUGUCCACAAGUUCAACAUAAUUCAUCGCGAUGUGAAGCCCAGCAACUUUCUGUACAAUCGACGGCAGGGCCAGUUUCUGCUCGUGGACUUUGGCCUGGCGCAGCAUGUGAAUCUAAGCGGCGGCCCAACCAGCAUAACUGCCUCCCAGCAGCAACAGCAACAGCAGCAGCAGCAGCAGCAGCAGCUGGCGGCCAGCAACAGCAAGCGACCACGCGAUGCCUCUGGACAGCAGCAGCAGCUGGCGGCAUCAGCAGCAGCAACUGCAUCGGAGGCGGCACUUGGAGGCGCGGUCAAGCGGAUGCGGCUCAACGAUGAUAGCAAUGCCAGCAACUGGAACAAGAUGCCGCUCAAGCCGGUCAACGAGAUUGCGCAGAGCGCCAAGUGCGAUGCCAAACAGAGUCUCACUGAGAUCGCGCCCGACACACAGCAACAGCCGGCGCCGCCGACGGGACCGGGACAGGCACAGGCACAGUCCGUGCAGCCGGCGGAGUCGAGCGUGGCGACCAGCAGCAGCAAGUACAACACGAAUCGCAUUGCUGGCGGCGGCGUCGGUGGCGCCGGCGGCGCCGGCGGCGGCAAUGCAAAAUGCUAUUGCUUUGCGAAUCCGUCCGUUUGCAUCAACUGCCUUAUGAAGAAGGAGGUGCAUGCGUCGCGAGCGGGCACGCCCGGCUAUAGGCCGCCCGAGGUGCUGCUCAAGUAUGCGGAUCAGACAACCGCCGUGGAUAUAUGGGCAGCGGGCGUCAUCUUCUUGUCGAUACUAUCCUCCGUCUAUCCGUUCUUUAAGGCGCCCAACGACUUUGUCGCUCUGGCCGAGAUCGUGACCAUCUUUGGUGAUCGCGCCAUACGCAAAACGGCCCUGGCCCUGGAGCGCAUGGUGACGCUUAGCCAGCGCUCGAAGCCGCUCAAUUUGCGCAAGCUGUGCCUGCGCUUCCGGCAUCGUCUCAUCUUCAGUGACCAGCAGAUGGUGCGCAAGCACGAAUCACCCGACGGCCGGAUCGAUGUGUGCAAGAACUGUGAUCAAUAUUUCUUUAAUUGCCUCUGCGAGGAGAGCCCCUAUGUGACCGAGCCGCUCGAUCCGUACGAAUGUUUUCCGGCCAGCGCCUACGAUCUGCUCAGCCGCCUGCUCGAGAUCAAUCCGCACAAGCGCAUCACCGCCGAACAGGCGCUCAAUCAUCCCUUCUUCACCGAGCAGCCGACAGUUCCGGCUGUGCCCGCUGCCGUUGCCGCCAAACUGCGCACCGAGGCGCCCAAGCAAAUGACGCGCAGGCGCGCCACCAAAGCGGCAGCGGGAGCGGGAGCUGCAGCUGCAAUUGAAGCUGGAGCGGGAACGGGAACGGGAGCGGGAGCCAGAGCGGCAGCUGCUUCACCAGCCGCUGAGCAGCCGCAACAAACUCUAAACAAACUGUGAAAACUAGUCGAAAACCCUUUGAUAACCUCUAGAGCUUAGGAUAUAUAUCUAUAUAUAUAUAUACAUACAUUUUUUUUUUGGCCAGUGUCGGGCAUAGUUUA